AUGGAGCAAGUCAAUAACAACGUUGAAAAUAUAAUGAAUAAUAGUUCGACAAGAAAAAACCUCGGCAAUGUUCAUAUUAUGCAUUCAGGUGAUGGAAAAUCCAUGGAAAAUCCAAUCAGUGGUGAUAAUUUAUACACGAAUGUUCAGAUUACAUCAUUAUCGUUUCCUAAUAUAAAAAUUAAACAAGAAGAUGAAAUAACAUACCAAAAUCACGAUGAUAAUAAUUAUAGAAAUGUUAAAAAUAUUUCUGCAUCUUCCUCCGAUUCAUCCUCGCCACCAUCACCUUCUAAUUCAUCCACCAUCAUAAAUUCCAAUAUCACAACAAAAAUGCCUAUCAACACACAAAGAACAACAAGAAGGCAGAAUCUACCAACGCCUAGUUUAAUUAGACCGUCUGCUGCUCAGAUGCCUAGCCCUGACACUUCUCCUUGUGUGCCAACACUAAAGUAUCAACAUCAAAUGCACCAAGAUAUACUGCAAAUCCCAUUACACACAGGCAGAUAUUGUCAAUAUCAACAACAACAAGAACGAAAUUUAACGGCACAAACAAAAAGUCAAUCAACAAUACCGGAUAUAGAAUGUCGAAAAAGAAAGCUUGAACGUAAUCGUAUUGCUGCAAAACAAUGUCGUGAACGUAAAAAAAUUUAUGUUGCAAAACUUGAAUCAAAAGUCACAAGACUUGAGGAAGAAAACGCACAUUUACGACGAGAGCUUGACGAAUUAAAUACACGACUUCAGUUUAAUCCUGUGGAUGCUCAAGAACGUUUGGGAUUACACGUGUUAAUUGAAGAUUUGAAAUCUAAAGUGAACAAUGAAAUAAUCAAAAUGGAUGUUAACCAAAAUAAAAUUUGA